AUGAUAGAGAAAAAUAAAAUGAAUAUAGAACAACCAGGUAACAAUAAAUUCUUCAUUAGAGAGCAAAAUGAAGACAAUACUAUCAUUCAAAAAACAAAAAACAUUUUUAAUUCCAUAAAUCAAACUAAAAUAAUUGAGAGUGCUGAAAAAAACAAAUUUGGAAUAAAAUUAUACGACAACAAUCUUGAAUAUAAUGAUAAUAUUGAAACUAUAAUAAAAAAAGUAAUUAAUGAAAAAAAUAUUUACUUUUACAAAAAAUAUCCAUCUUAUCUUUUGUACUUAAGCAAUGAAAUAGAUGAAGAAAAUGGACAAAAUGCAAAUAAUCCAAAUGACAAUUAUAAAAUUCAAAAUAGUAAAAAAAUAUUUUUUAAAAUUCAAAUUCUCCCUAAAAAUAUGGCAAUUAUUUACAACAUUGUUCCAAAAAAUGUAAUAGAAAAAAUUUUAACCAUGUGUGAAAAUAAAUAUAAAAAAAGUAAAACAUCAAUUGGUUAUUCAAAUGAUAAACAAGAAAAUUAUAAAUUAACAAAUUCAGUAAAUAGAACUAGUUCAACUGUAUUUUUAUAUACCAUUCGAAGUAAAUCAAUGAUCCAAGAAACACACAUCGAUAAUGAUUCUACUAUAAUAUAUACUAAAGAUCAAAGUAUAAUAGAAUUAGAAAAUACUAUAUGUGAUCUUGUUAAAAUACCUUUAUGUUAUUUAGAACCAUUAGCUAUAGUUAAAUAUGAACAAAAUAAUUAUUUUAAUUUACAUCAUGAUGGCUCAUUUCGGCGAGCUACACUUUUAAUUUAUUUAAAUGAUGUAAAUAAAGAUGGCGAAACUACAUUCCCUUAUUAUAAUUUGUCAAUUAAACCUAUUCAAGGUUCUGGAAUAUUUUGGUAUAAUAAUAUACCUAUAGAAGAUGAUUAUGCAAUUCAUUAUUGUACUAAUAGAAUAAAACAAUUUUAUCAAAAUUUGAAAAAAAGCACGCAUUUACAACAAAAUAAUCACAUCACUACUGACACAACAAUUAACAACCAUGGCAAUUUUAAUAAUAACACACAAGAUACAUCCUCCCCUCUAUAUCCAAAUAAUUUGUCUGAUCAUAAUAAUCUUUCUAUUAAUGGAACAAAAGAUUUAAUUCAAUUUUUAAAGAAUAAAUCAAAUUUACAAAAAUUUUCAAUUGACCUUGUAAAUGAUGAAUUUGGUUAUAUGUACAUUACAGAUAUGACUAUGUUACAUCAAGCCAAUAAAGUAACAAACGAAUAUAAAUAUGUUAUCAAUUGUUUUUUCAAUAUUAAUAUAGUUAGAAAUGUUUAA